UCUACCACCGGCCCGAUGAGCUCCAGUGGCUCCGGCGCGGACCCCGAGGCGGCGCCAGCGUCUGCCGCCUCGGCCUCGGGCCUAGCGCCCCCGGUCUCGGCUCCCGCCGCGCUGCCCGCCAGCACCGCUGCGGAGAACAAGGCCAGCCCCGCGGGGACAGCCGGGGCCCCUGGGGCCGGAGCCGCGACUGCGGGCACAGGACCCGUGGCGGCGCGAGCCGGGGAGCCGGCGGAGCGGCGCGGGGCGGCUCCCGUGUCGGCGGGCGGUGCGGCGCCCCCUGAGGGGGCUAUGUCUAACGGGGUCUACGUACUACCGAGUGCGGCCAAUGGAGACGUGAAGCCCGUGGUGUCCAGCACGCCUCUGGUGGACUUCUUGAUGCAGCUGGAGGAUUAUACCCCUACGAUACCAGAUGCAGUGACUGGUUACUACCUAAAUCGUGCUGGCUUUGAAGCCUCAGACCCACGCAUAAUUCGGCUCAUCUCCCUGGCUGCCCAGAAAUUCAUCUCAGAUAUUGCCAAUGAUGCCCUACAGCACUGCAAAAUGAAGGGUACAGCCUCAGGCAGCUCCCGGAGCAAGAGCAAGGACCGCAAGUACACUCUAACCAUGGAGGACUUGACCCCUGCCCUCAGCGAGUAUGGCAUCAAUGUGAAGAAACCGCACUAUUUCACCUGAGCCACCCAACCCAGAUGUACUUGUCUGUCCCUUUGUCCCCACACCAGCCUGUUUUCAUAAUAAACUUUAUUGUGACAGGCA